UGGCUCAAGGCCCUGCCUGCAGGGCGGCGGCACCGGCGACGACUCCGCGGAGAAGCCUCCAGGGCUGGGUUGCGGGGGGCGGAGCCAGGUUGGGGUAAGGGGCGGUCAGCCCCGUUGCCAGGAGGCGGAACCUGGACACAAUGGGGUCUGAGAGUCGGGCCCGGAGGGGGCAGGCAUCCGGGCACCCCACCUUGCCUUCCCCGCCGGGAGCCACAAGAGCAGGUGCCGCGGGCCGUAAGCUCACCCCACCCUCGCGCGCCAUGGGCUCGGACGUCUGGGUCGGCCCUUGGCGGCCGCACCGGCCCCGCGGCCCCAUCGCAGCGCUCUACAGAGGCCCGGGGCCCAAGUACAUGCUGCCACCGAACACCGGCUACAUCCUGCACGACCCGUCGCGGCCCCGCGCCCCGGCGUUCUCCUUCGGCGCUCGCCUCCCCACGCAGCAGACUUCCUGCGGCCCCGGGCCCGGCCACCUGAUUCCAGCUCGUAUGACCGUGCGCGGCCCCGACGGCACCCCUGCCUACUCCAUCUACGGCCGUCCGCGCCACGCAGCGCCCUUCCUCACUCCGGGACCCGGCAGGUACUUCCCAGAACGAGCUGGGAACGCGACGUACCCCAGUGCGCCUCGGCACACCAUCGCCCCCCGAAACUGGGGCAUCCACGCGGAGCCGCAGACCCCAGGCCCCGGGGCCUACACUGUGCCCUCGCUCUUGGGUCCGCGUGUCAUCGGUAAAGUCUCGGCCCCAACUUACUCCAUCUAUGGCCGCAGCGCAGUGGGCAGCUGCUUCGAGGACCUCAGCAAGACCCCGGGUCCCUGCGCCUACCACGUGGUGAACACUGGGAUCUACAAGCCUCGGGCCCCCCAGUUCUCGAUGCUGGCGCGGAAUUCACUCCCCCAGGACAACACCCUGAAUCCGGGACCCGCAGCCUACAACGUGGACCAAGGGGUCUGGAGUCCCGGGUCAAGGGUCAGGGGAGAGGGGAGGAGGGUCGGAGUCCCUGGGUUCCCCGGCGCGGAGCUGGACGCCUGGCCCCGCGAGGUCAGCGCCGUCUCCUGGGUCCGCAGCACCGCAAGCCCGGCGGCUGGAGCUUCGGGAUCCGGCACUCGGACCACCUGGCCCGGGUCCUGACCUACGCGGAUGACUGACCCGCUGGGCGGGCGUGGCCCCACAAACGUUUGCUUAAAGCCUCCCGAGCCAGCAGCGUGUCCGCCCCUGUGUGUUCGCGGCGGGCGCGCGGGACGCGGGGCGUGCGCGGCGGGACGCUGGGGUCCACGGGUCCCCGGAGCUCCGCGGGCGGGCCGGCCCGGGAAGUCCCGGAAGGGGCGCGCCCGCGGGCCUUCCUGAUUGGCCGAGACAGAAGGGCCUGGGGCGACCAUUGGCCGAGAGUCCCGCCUGUCCGGGAGACCCCGCCCACCCGCCGUCCUGUGGCCGCGGGACGACAAACCGCACCCGCCCGGAGUCUGGAGCAGGAUAGGUGAGGGCCGCCGUACCGGACAGGUACAGGCCGGGGUCAGGCUGUGAGGCCGACGAGUAGGAGCCAGACACGGAGACACGCACACGGGCACCACAGACACGGUACAGAGGGGCGGACAUGAGAGGGAGAGACCGGGAUCAGGGUCGGGACAGGUACACCUGCUGCAGACACCCGGACACAGGGCGGCCGCAGGUUCCGGCGGUCUCGCACCCCGCAGGCUCGGAGCGAUGGCGUCCUAGGGACCCACGGCCCAGGGGCGCCUGGUGACCUUUCAGGGGGAGGGAGCUCAAGCAACUCCCGGGUCUGACCCGCCUGAAGAGAGACGAAAGCCCCCUGAGCUAGGGGGACCUGCGGGGCUUCGUGUGCGCUAUGUUGGGGAGGGCGCAGGGCGCGCAAAU